AUCACUAUUGAAUCCACCAUACAGCAGCGUACAUCUGCUACUAUAAACGGACAAAGCUAUUUUAAUUUUUUAUGAAAAAGAAAGCAAGACUUUUCCAGUGAAAAUAAAAUGGUUGGUGGAAUAAUGCUUUUACUGUCAUUUGCUGGAAACUUCUAUUUCACCACGUGCUUGUCAAAUGAUGAGCCACACGUGUGCUAUAAUAAGUUUGAAUACGAAUUCGACGUUUUGCAAAAACUAGUCAUGCUUGAAGAAAAAACAAAACAACAAGAGGAGACGAGCAAUGCACUUAGGAAUGAAUUAAGCGAUGCAAGAAAUAUUAUCACGUUGAUGAAGAACAAGUUGUCCAGAACAGAAAGGUCAUUUGACGGAACGACAUAUACGCGUUGGGGUCGGACGAUUUGUCCGGAAGAAGCCUUUCUCGUUUAUGACGGUUAUGCAGGUGGUGGUCACUACACUCACAAGGGUUCGGGAUCAAAUUAUUUGUGCUUGCCUAAAGAUCCUACAUGGGGUCAAUACAUAGAUGGUUUUCAAACAGCUGACAGAAUAUACGGAGCUGAAUACUACACCGCAGACUACCCAAAAUGGAAACAUUUACAUUACCAAGACGUGCCUUGUGCAGUGUGCAGGAUCCCUCGUAAUAAUGUACUUAUGAUUCCUGGAAGAAACAUCUGUUACAAAGAUUAUGUUUUGGAGUACAGUGGUUAUCUUAUGGGCGGACACUACAGCCAUGCAAGUUCAUCGGAAUAUGUGUGUGUUGAUGAAAAACCAGAAGCAUUAGAGGCCGGGAAUGGUGCCAAAGAUGAGAAACAUUUCUAUUUUGUUGAAGCGUCGUGCGGCGGGGCGCUGAAGUGUCCACCAUAUAAGCACACAAGAGAAUUAACAUGUGCUGUAUGCUCUUUUUCACCAGCUGAUAGAAAUGAAACACAAGUUUGAUAACUUUAAUUUCCAAUUGGUGUAAUUAUGACGAUAAUUUUAAUUUGUAUUGUUUUAUACAAUUACAUUCCUUCUACGUUGACGUACGUGCGAUUAUGUUUUGUGGCAUUUUCAAAAUGCUAUUUAACGUAACGUUUUAUCCUUUGUACAAACAUGCAAAUAUUUAAUAAUAUAUUCGAGCAAAUGUUGGUCCGUAAUAGCUCUUUUUUUUCCAAAGCAGCGUGUCGGACCAUAUCGUAUCAUUUAUUAUGUAUGGGAAACUCGCAGUUUCUUACAAAAAUAUCGAUAAUCACUUCACACCUGUUUGCAUAACAAACAAACUUCCAAUAUUUGCACAACGUGAUAAUUAAAAAUAAAUC